AUAUAUAUAUAUAUAUAUUUAUAUAUAUAUACAGUCAAACCAAAAUUUAUUCAGACACCUUGAACAUUUCAUUCAUUAAUACAGUUUAUUCACUAUAGUUUAAAAAAAAUGGUAACAAAAUAUGACAAGAUCUCAGAGUUAAAUUGUGUCAGAAAAAAAAAUAAAUUAAUUAUGUCAGAUAACACUUAAGCAAAACAUGAUCAGGACAAAGUGUCUGAAUAAUUUUUGGAUCAAAAUCAGUUCAGUUUUUUUGGGUAUAAUAUGUCACAGUUUACUUUAUUUUGCUAUCCUCACUUACAUAAAUGAACUAUAGUGUCCUGCACCCAGUAGUAAAAAUAUAUCAAAAAUAUAAAAAAUGUCUUUUUGGUUUGACUGUAUAUAUAUUAAAUUUAAUCUUGUAUUUGUAAUCUUGUUAUAUUUAUUUUAUUAACAUAUAUUAUAAAUACAAUAAAUGGUAUUUUUGUAUUAGUUGCAUUUGACUAUGCAACAUAUAUUUUACAGUAAAAAAAAGUUUUUUUUUUUUUUAAAUAAAAAAAGUAUUUUACAAUCGCAAUUAAUAUAAUAAUUCUGCUUUAAUAAUACUUUAGUUCAGUUGUUGUAUUAUCAAACUGCCACCCUGCAUGUAUUUUUAUAUUUUCUUGUAUGUCUUAAACAGCGAGAUGAACAUAUUUUUCUCCUGCACCUAAUCCGCUUUAUGACAGAAACCAUUUGGUAUACAAAAGACAUUUUAAACUUGAGAUCUUGGGAAUAAAACACUGACAAAUGUCAAAGACCAUGUCCUAAAUUUCACUCUCAGCUGAGUGAUUCUGUUCAUUGAAAAUAGUGUUUCUACAUUAAUAAUCACCGCCUGGAGCAAAGCGAUUCUGGAACAGGGUUGCCAGGUUUUCACAACAAAACCUGCCCAACUGCUACUAAAAACUAGCCCAAAACCAGCCCAAUCGCAUUUUACACAGUAAAAAUCGCAUUCCAGGGGCUAAAUAUCAUGUUAUUUGGGGUCGCUUCAACCCGCAGACAUGAAAAACAACCUGCAGCAACAGUGUUAAAGUAGCCUAAUUCCAAGUGAAAACUGUGGACUUGGCAACACUGCUCUGGAAGGCCUUUUCCAUUAAGGCCACAUCAUUAUUGGAGUUGUGACCUUGUUGGCUUUUAUUUUUAUGCUAUUGGUUGCUUUGUCACACAGAGUCCUCAGAGACACAGAAUGCCAUAGAUGAGUAUAAUGGGGCUAAAUAAGGAAAAAGAGGUUCCAGAUUCUAAAAUAAUAAAAUAAAUAAACUAAAUAUAUAUAAAGUGUUAAACUAAAUAUCUUUUUUUUUUUUUCAGAUAAAUGCUAAUUAUUGCUAACAACACAUAAACAAUAAUUGGUGUAAAAAAUUACAAUGAUAAAAUCGCACAUUUAGACAUUUUUAGAAUGGAUAUUUAGAUAAUUAACGUCCAGGUCAACCUAACAAUAAGUAAAAAAUGCCAAGCGUAUAUGUUAUAGGCUGUGUAUUCACCCACACUGCACAGUGAAUGUAAUCCUAUUAGAGAAGAUUUAGAGGAUAAGAUGUCUGUCAGCCCAUAGUAACACUGUUCAUUGCACAGCAUUUCCUACCAACAAUGAGUGAGCGAGAGAAAGGAAGAUAUACUUUCCUGCCACAUUCCCAAUGACAAGGAGAUUUGCCUGUCUGGCGAAAGGUAACUUUGCUUAUCUCAUUUGUUAAUUUGAUUAUCUUUUCAUUUGCUGGCAUUUCAAAGGCUUUUAUUAUAGUCUUUGGAAUUUCAGGAUGCAUUAUGCUCAUGAAUGGUGUGUGCAUCUGUAAAGCUGGAUCUGUUUUCAGUGACGUGAUCAUAUAGUAAUGUUGAAGGCUUGUUGUACCUCUAAUGAUCUCUAAAUGCACUUUGAGGGCAAAAUGCUUGAUGAAUCAAGACUCAGUGGACAAUAUGAGUCAAUAAAUAUGCAAUAGGCAUUAGAUAAUAUUCUUUCAAAAUCUGCAUCACACAAAUCAAAUAAGAAUCUUGAAACAACAGAACUGUACAUGUACAUGAUGUACACACUAGGCCCGGUCCUAUUAUCAGAUAUGAAUGCAGAAUCACUGACCUUUCAUUAUUAAGUGCUUUUUAGAAUUGAUAUUACUAGCACACACAUAACUAUACUCUAAAGUCAAGAUAUUACAUCUAGCUCAUAUUUGAACACAGUGCUGGGAAGAUUACUUACACAUUGUAAUCAGAUACUGAUUCCAAAUUACAUGACACAAAUUGUAGUUAGUAAUGUAAUCUAAAUCACUCAUUUUAGGUAAUGUAUUCUGACUACUUUCUGAUUACUUUUUAGAUUACUUUUGACCUAACUCGUUUAUCACAUUGAUUUGAAUAGGAUAAUCUUGUACCAUACUGAUAUAAAAAUACAAAGAGAAAGAAUAUUAAUUUCUUUCUUUAUCAACAACAUGAAGUCCAUUAUAUAUUGCAUUCCCCAGAAUGAGGUUCGUGAGUUUAAUGAAAAGCUAUUAAGUCAAAUUUUUUAAAUAAAAACCAUCAAAAUAAAAUAUUUACUAAAAAAAUUGACUCACUGAAUUAUAAUUCAAAUAAUAAUUAAUGUUUUCAUUAGGAGCUGAUUAUGUAAUGAUGUUGAGUCUAUGGAUUUGUUGUGUCAUGCUGAAUCCGGGGAUACCGAUUUUGCCAGGAUCGGAUGAAUCAUCGGGCCGCCAUUUUGAAUUUUGUCAUAAAUUGCAAUAUCUUUUAAACGAAUUGACAUAUCGGCACAAAAUUUCGUGGGUAUCAUCAUUAGCAUGUCCUAAAGGUACCUGAGAAGUUUGAACACAGCGCCACCUAGUGUUCCAGAGAUAUACGUUUUUUUGUUUUGUUUUUUUGCAAAAACGCAAAUAACUUUUUGAAAACAGUUCAAAAUUUGUUUUCUUUGUGUCAUGACAUUCCCUGGCUUAUGCCGAUUCUGAUGAUGUGUCAUUUUCCUUCUUUUGUCUACUCCUCUGACAAAUAUUGUCCAAUUUUGUCCAAAAUCUGAUCAUAUAAUCUUUGAAAAAUGACUGAACGGAUUUUUGAUAUCUGCUACCGUUCCCAAGAAAUACCUCUUCGAAGCUGACAUUUGCCUCUGUUUGUUUUCUUAUGCUAGGCUUAUUUGCCAUUCUUUAUAUGUGGCACUUUAGCUAUCAGGUUAACCAUAAGCUACAUUAACAUUAAGUUAGUUUAGCAUGCUAAUCUGGUUAACAUGCCAAUUAAUGCUUUUGUGUGCUCAUUCUCACACUGAAAGCUCUCCUUGGCAGCCUGGUAAAGCAACGUCAACAGGUGUCUGUUAUGACAUCUGCCCUGAACCUUUCGCAUCCUGUCCAAGAAGUUUCACCUGUUCCAGACAUUGCUUCUCACUGAGGAUGAUCUGAUCUGAACUUAUUAAUUAUAACAUACAGUGCAAUUUUAUACAAAAAUCUUAACAGGGGUUUGACCUUUUGAGAUUCACAUAGUAGAGCCUUUGAUUGAUCAGUGUGUUGAGCUUUGAUGUGCUUGCUGUACAUGCUGUGCUUGAUCUGCUUAUAAUGCUUGCUAGCUUGGCUCCGCAUUGCUGGUUGCAGCUAUAUUUUUAUGUAUUUUUGUGUCAAUGAGUGUCAUCAUUCUAUUAUUUCUUUACGCAGAAUGCUGGGUGGCAAUCUGUUUAGGAUCUCAAUUACCUCCCAUCUGCUCUGGAGAGGUCUAGUGGCAGCAUUAAACCAUGGGGAAAUAAGUUUUACCAGUCUGAGAACCCAAACAGGAUUCAGGGUCUGAUGAGGAUUUCACUCCCCAGUCCUUACUUUUCUGGAAAACUUCAGUCUUUUGCAGAAUGAGGUUGUCUGUGAUGUAUGCUUUUUGGUCAGCAUGGGCCCAAUUUCUUGGUGUCAAAUCCAAAGACGCUGUUGAAGAGUCUAAAACAGACACUUCUCAGGGUAACACACAUCGAGUUAGCAGUGGUCUAAUGCAGUGUGGUGAAUACAGCAAUGAAGUGAUGCCAAAUGGACAGUGUCGUUUAAUAGCCACAUUACCCCAGCUGGAGGAACAGCGGUGUCCUGACAUGUUCCGCUGUACAGAUGAGGUCUCCUACUGGCUGCGUGAGAAUGAAGAACGCAAGCAGCAGAUGCAGGACCUGAAAGAGACCAUCUCAGAGCUUCAAGAGGAGCUGAGGAAUCACAGGCAUCGCAUCAAAGUGCUGGAGUUGCAGAGCGAGGAGAAGUAUGGAGUAAACUCGUCUUUAGAGCAUCGCUUUCACACGCUGCAGCAGAUCUAUGAAGAGGCCAAUGCGCUGCUGCAUAUCCACGGAUCACUCAUCUAUGAAAUGCAAACACAAAUUCGCAACCUCACUAUGAUAGUAGACCGUGUGAGGCGCAAUCCAGGCUGUAUGAUCAAUAUCAUCCGCACAAGCCCGCUUCUCAGCGCCCAAGAUACCCUUCACCCAGAGGUUCAGCACGUAAGAAACUGUCCAAUUGACUGUGCAUCACUGUUCUACAAUGGAGUCCACCGAUCUGGGAUUUUUACUGUUGUGCCCUCGUUGGGAUCGACUCCAGUGGAAGUUUAUUGUGAUAUGGAGACUCAAGGAGGUGGAUGGACCAUGUUUCAACGUCGGCAGGAUGGAAAGGUCAAUUUUAACCGAAAAUGGACAGAAUACAGGGAUGGCUUCGGAGAUCUGCAUGCAGAAUUCUGGCUGGGAAAUGACCACAUCCAUGAUAUCUCCAGCCAGGGAGAGUAUUCCCUUCGCAUUGACCUCGAGGACUGGAAUGGCAAGCACAAACACGCACUGUACCAGAACUUCUGGUAAACUUUUGGAAAGAUAGUCUGAUUACUUCAACUAAGAACAUUUCCUUAUUUUUUGAUUUCAGUAUACUUUGAUAAAAUAAUUUAAUAAUAUUAAAUAUUAUUAAUACAUUUAAAUUAGAAAAAAUACAAUUAAUAAUAGUAAUAUGAAGGCUUGUUUCCGCCAUGGAAUAAGAAAAUAAAAAUUGCCACUUUUUAUCCUGCAAUUGCAAGUUUAUAUUUCACAAUUCUGAGAAAAAAGUCAGUCAUGUGAGUUUAUAUCUUGCAAUAUGUUUUUCUCAGAAUUGUGAAUUUUUUGCAAUUAUGCUUAUAUUGCACAAUUCUGACUUUUUUAAAUCUUGCUGUUCAGUUAAUAUCUCACAAUUCUGACUUUUUUUCUUCGCAAAUCCGAGUUUAUAUCUCACAAUUCUGAGAAGAAGAAAAAAAAAAAAAAUCAGAAUUGUGAGUUACAGGCCCGGUUUCACAGACAGGGCUUAGAUUAAGCCAGGAUUAGGCCUUAGUUCAAUUAGGGCAUUAAAGAAUAUAAACAUGCCAUAAAAAACAUUACUGGUGUGCAUCUUGAGACAAAACAAUGGCCCUGACAUUUUUUAAUAUAAGUCAGUCUAAGUUGCUUUCAGUUACAACAGCUCAAACAUGCAUUUUAGCCUGGGACUAGCUUAAGCCUUGUCUGUGAAACUGGGGGAUAUUCUCACAAUUGCAAGAAAAAUUGUGAGUUUAUAUCUUAAAAUUCUGAUUUUUUCUCCCAAUUGUGCUUAUAUUGCACAAUUCUGACUUUAUCUCGCUGUUCAGUUUAUCUCACAAUUCUGACUUUAUUUCUCGCAAUUCCGAGUUAAUAUCUUACAAUUCAGAGAAGAAAAAAAAAAAAUAUCAGAAUUGUGAGAUAAACUGAGUAACAAGAUAAAAAUCAAUUCUCUCAAUUAAAUACUGUCAAGUCAAUUCUGACUUGCACUGAUCAGGCAUAACAUUAUGACCACCUUCCUAAUAUUGUGUUGGUCCCCCUUUUGCUGCCAAAACAGCCCUGACCCGUCGAGGCAUGGACUCCACUAGACCCCUGAAGGUGUGCUGUGGUAUUUGGCACCAAGAUGUUAGCAGCAGAGUCCUGUAAGCUGCCAGGUGGCGCCUCCAUGGAUCUGACUUGUUUGUUCAGCACAUCCCACAGAUGCUCGAUUAAAAUGAGAUCUGGGGAAUUUGGAGGCCAAGUUAACAAAUCAAACUCUUCAAACCAUUCCUGAACCAUUUUUGCUUUGCAGCAGGGCGCAUUAUCCUGCUGAAAGAGGCCACAGCCACCAGGGCCAGCCUUCGCUCUCCACGUGCAUCAAUGAGCCUUGGCCGCCCAUGACCCUGUCGCCGGUUCACCACUAUUCCUUCCUUGGACCACUUUUGAUAGAUACUGACCACUGCAGACCGGGAACACCCCACAAGAGCUGCAGUUUUGGAGAUGCUCUGACCCAGUCGUCUAGCCAUCACAAUUCAGCCCUUGUCAAACUCGCUCAAAUCCUUACGCUCGCCCAUUUUUCCUGCUUCUAACACAUCAACUUUGAGGACAAAAUGUUCACUUGCUGCCUAAUAUAUCCCAUCCACUAACAGGUGCCGUGAUGAAGAGAUCAUCAGUGUUAUUCACUUCACCUGUCAGUGGUCAUAAUGUUAUGCCUGAUCGGUGUAUAUCGCACAAUUCUGACUUUUUUAUUUUGCUGUUCAGUUUACCUCACAAUUCUGAUGUUUUUUCUUGCUGUUGCGAGUUUAUAUCUUGCAGUUCAGAUUUUAAUUCAGUUUAUAUCUUGCAAUUUUUUUUUGUAAUUGGAGAUAUAACAAUGCGAUGCAUUUUUAUAAACCACUCAAGCAAAAAUAACUUUCUUGCUUUGGCAGGAUUGAGAACGAGGACAACCACUACCGUCUCCAUAUAUCAGGAUUCAGUGGUACAGUUGAGGACUCAUUUGGUUGGUACCAUGACAAGCAAAGCUUCAGCACUCCAGACACAGGUGACAUCUGUGCUGAGAUAUCUCACGG